AGUGCCGCCAGCCUCUGUCCAUGGUGCUGAAGACUCUGUUCUGUCCCGGGUGCUGAAAAGCUCGGAGGUUUGGGCCGAGUCUGUAGAUAUUGUCACACCGGUUCGGUGUGUCGUGCCGUGUUCUGGUUCUCUGCUGCGGAGGUUCGGACCGGACUGUGUUGCGACCCCGUGUCUGUCUGCUGGAGAUGUAGGAGCGGAGGGGGAGGGGAGGACCGUAAGUGUCUGCAGAUCAGGCUGGACAGGACAUGAAGCUGGAAUUAAGCAGCUGUCCCACUCCUGGAUGUGAUGGCAAAGGUCACGUCAGUGGUAGAUACUCACGACACAGAAGUGCACUGGGCUGUCCGAUUGUGAAGAAAAGGAAGCUGGAGAAAGCUGAGGUGGAGGAGAACCAGUCUGCUCCCAAAAGAAGGAACCAGGCUUCUAAACAGGGUGGGGAAGACAGUGAUACAGCAGAAGAGGACGAACAGAAAGAAGAAGAGGACAAAGCUCUCAUCAAAGACCAGGAGAACAACAAAGAAACACAAGUGGCAGAAUUAAUAAUUUCAGACAGCUCACUGGGGACUACAGAAGACACAGAAAGACUUUGUCCUCUGGCUGAAGACACCAGGAACAGUAGCAUCACCUCAAAGAUGGAUGACAAACCUGAGAGAGAGAACUCUACUGAGGUGAWAACAGCUGACGAUCAUCACCAGGACCAAACUCAGACUAAAGAUGAAGACACCCAGCCGCUGGACGAGUACCAGCCAUCAGAGGCACCAUCCGAAGAAACCGUCGUCAGUCACCAUGAAGAGACUAAUGAUGAAGAGGACGAGAAAACGGAAGAAGGAACAGAGGAAGAAGAGCAACAAGAAAGGCAAGAAAAUGUUGAUGAAGAGAAGGAGGUGAGGAGACAGAUAAUGAGACAAGAAAACUCUGAUCACCAGUACUCCAGUGGAGAUUACAACCUUCAGGCCAAAGAAUCACAGCAGGAGCAGAAUAAGGAGAGUGAGCAGGAGGAGGAGGAGGAGGAGGAGGAGGAGGAGGAAGAGGAGGAACAGAAGGACGAAGAGGAGGAGGAGGAAGAGCAGAAAGAUGAAGUGGAGGAAGCAGAUAGAGAAGUGGACACAAUAUUCAAUAUGAGUCCAACCACUCAGGAAUAUGAAGCCACUGUGUCACUCAGGGAAGAGAAGGUCAGCACCCUCGUGACAGAGGAAGAGGAAGAUGAAGAGCAGGAAGAGGAGAAAGAGGAAGAAGAGGACGAGAGACGAGAGAAGGAAGUAAGUGUGGUGUUGGAGGAGGAAGAAGAUGACGACAGAGAGUCGAGCAAAACCUCUCUGAGCACUGUGGUGAUUGAAGUCCGCUCUGAGGAGGACGAUGAGGAGGAGGAAGAGGAGGAAGAAGAGGAGGAYUAUGAAGAAGAGGAGGAUGAAGAGGAAGAGGAAGGAGAGGAGUUGGAUCAGGUCUCAGAGGGCUCAGGAAUCACAGAUGACUCAGAGACCUGGGAUAUGACUCGAGGGAACCUGGGGCUCCUGGAGCAAGCCAUCGCCCUGAAGGCUGAGGAAGUCCAGGGGGGUCAGGACAGUCGCAGCUCCCCGGACUAUCAACCGUACAGCUCUUCCAUCAAGAACUCCGAGUCUCCUGCUGUGGCCCGCCGGACCUCUCACUGCAGCAAAGAGAAAAAAGAAGUGAAGUGUCCAACUCCAGGUUGUGAUGGGACAGGUCACGUCACUGGGUUAUACCCUCACCACCGCAGUCUGUCUGGAUGUCCUCACAAAGACCGAAUCCCUCCAGAGAUUUUGGCUAUGCAUGAGAAUGUCUUGAAGUGUCCCACUCCUGGCUGCACUGGCCAAGGCCAUGUCAACAGUAACCGCAACACACACCGCAGUCUUUCCGGCUGCCCAAUCGCUGCAGCUUCUAAGCUGAACAAGAACCAGGACAAACAAGUUCAUCUACAAGCUGCAGCCACCGAACCCACUUCCAACUCUGACAGAGUGCUCAGGCCCAUGUGUUUUGUGAAACAGCUGGAAAUCCCUCAGUAUGGCAGUUACAGGCCCAACACUGUAACCACCACACCUCGAGCCAACCUGGCUAAGGAGCUGGAGAAAUACUCCAAGGUGUCUUUUGACUAUGCAAGCUUCGAUGUGCAGGUGUUUGGAAAGAGGAUGAUCAUCCCAAAGACACCGAGCACCGCUAACACGUCCCCCAAGGCCUUUAAAUCUAAAUCUUUUCCCAAGGCGUCCUCCCCCAGUCACUGCGUAUCAGGAAGUUUUUCUAAGCCCAAUCUUUCCUCCAGUGGGUAUGACUACAGCCAAGAUGCCGAGGCAGCCCACAUGGCAGCAACAGCCAUCCUCAAUCUGUCCACUCGUUGUUGGGAGAGACCCGAGACCCUCAGCGCCCAGCCCGUGGAGCCUAGCACCAAGGAGUCGGAUAUUGAGGUGGAUGAGAAUGGCACCUUGGACCUCAGCAUGAAGAAGACCAAGAGAGAGGGCAUGCAGUCUCCAGAACCUUCAUCCUCUUCAUCUUCCUCGUCUCAACCCGUAGGAGCCGUGUUGUCUCAGGUUCCCACUCAGUCAGACUGGGACAGUCCUCUGGAUUUUACCAAAUCAAGUGAAGUCAAGGAGGAAGAUCAUGAAGAGAUGGAGUACACAGCUCCCUCAUAUACAUCAUCUGAAGCAGAAGAAGAGGAUCAAGAGAACCUAGAGGAUCGAAAAUACCCUGGUGAAGUUACUACCAGUAGUUUUAAGGUCAAGUUUCAGCCAAAAGACAGCAAAAAAGAUAUUCUUGUGUGUCCCACACCAGGCUGUGAUGGCAGCGGACACAUAACUGGAAAUUAUGCAUCACAUCGAAGUCUCUCAGGCUGUCCUCUUGCUGAUAAGUCCCUUCGGACCCUUAUGGCUGCCCACACAGCUGAACUGAAGUGUCCAACUCCAGGCUGUGACGGGUCAGGACACAUAACUGGAAACUACGCCUCCCACAGAAGUUUGUCUGGAUGUCCUCGAGCCAAGAAGGGUGGAAUUAAAUUGACCCCCACCAAGGACGACAAAGAAGACUCCGAGCUGCUGAAGUGUCCAGUCCCUGGCUGUGACAGUCUUGGUCACAUCAGUGGGAAGUACGCGACCCAUCGCAGUGCCUAUGGCUGUCCACUGGCUGCAAAGAGGCAGAGGGAGGGGCUUCUGAAUGGAGCACCGUUCUCUUGGAAGGCCUUCAAAACAGAAGGUCCAACCUGCCCUACACCAGGCUGUGAUGGUUCUGGACAUGCUAAUGGCAGCUUCUUAACACACCGCAGUCUGUCAGGUUGUCCACGAGCAUCAGGGAACAAGAAAAAACCUAAAUUACCUGGGGACGAGUACAUAACUGCAAAGUUUAGAGCAAGCGAUGUUCUGGACAAUGAUGAAGAUAUCAAGCAGCUCAACAAGGAGAUCAAUGAGCUUAAUGAGUCCAACUCAGAGAUGGAAGCCGACAUGAUUAACCUGCACACCCAGAUUUCCUCAAUGGAGAAAAACCUAAAGAACAUCGAGGAGGAGAACAAACAGAUAGAAAAGAGGAAUGAAGCUUUGUUUCUGGAGCUCUCUGGUUUGAGUCAGGCUUUAAUCCACAGCUUGGCCAACAUCCGUCUGCCCACCAUGCAGGAGCCAGUGUCAGAGCAGAACUUCGACAGUUAUGUGGACACCCUGACCCACAUGUUUACGAACAAAGACUGCUACCAGAACCCUGAGAACCGGGCUCUACUGGAGUCCAUCAACCAGGCGGUGAAGGGCAUUGAGGUGUGAAGGCUGGAAGCUAAGAUGGGAAUGGCACCAAUAUUUCUUUCUUUUUCCUUUAGAUAUUGUACGUGAUGAAAUGCCCUGAACAGGAUUUCCCUCCUCUUUUUUCAUUAGUUUCCUGUUUGCAUGCUGCUGUAUGACAGUCAGAACAGACGUGGUUGUUAAACAAAGUGUUACUGCUGAGGGGUGAGUAAGCYUGCAGUAACCAGUCCGAAUUAGUUAGAUAACAUAUCUCAUCUUUACUCUAUAAAGAUUUUACAUCCACAUAGUGUUGUUGCACCUCCAUAACCACUUUGUACCUUCAUUUUUACUAUUGAUGUGAAACUAUUUAAGUCUUGUGCAAAUGUCGGUUUAAUAACCAAAUCAUGUCUGCUGUAAUAACUGAACUAUUUAUUAACCAUGGUUUGUCUUUAGUUCUAUUCAAAUCAGAAACCAUUUGAACCAAUAAUCAGUUCGAGGGGUCUAUAUUUCCCCUGCACUGCUGAACAAAGAGGAACUAUUUUAAGAAGUCGAGUAUGAAUUUUUUAUAGGUUUUAUUAUUUAUUUAAAGUACCAGGAUUUUUUUAUGUGUAAAUGUUUUGUAACAAACAGUUUUUAAAUAAUUUUGUAAAGAUAUUUUCUGCUUUUAUUUUUAUGAUUUUUUUUUUAUUUCCCCAAACUAUUUUGAGUACACUGCAAAACAGUAGGGAAAAACAAGUGCACAUUUUUGGUAUUUAUUUGGUAAUAAGAAACACAGUGAUGGUGAAUAUUUAUUUUUUAUUGUCUAUGUGAUGAUGAUGUUUAUGAUGAUGAUGAUGAUGAUGAUGAUGAUGAUGAUGAUGAUGAUGAUGAUGAUGACGAUGAUGAUGAUGGUUGUAAACCAAUUAGUCUUUAAGGUGCUUCUGAAAUAAAAGUGAACCCACAGAA